AUGUCGGCCACGUGCGCCGUGUCCCGUAAAGCGCUGCCGCCGCGUCCCCCGGGCGAGAGGGACCCGCCGGCCAAGGCGAUGCGCAGGGGGCUGCGGCGGGGCCACGAGGAGGAGCGGGAGCAGCUGCCGUGGCCGGGAGAGAGCGCGGGCGGCGGGGGCGGCGAGCCCGAGGCGGCGCAGGCGGCCUCGCUGAGCGACGAGCGGCGGAGGCGGCAGCCGCAGGAGCCGAGGGCGCUGGCUGCCACGGCGGCCGGGGUGGAGGAGGAGACGGAGGAGGAGCGGCUGGAGCGGGAGCAUUUCCGGAGGAUCAUCAACGCCUUCCGAUACUACGGAACGAAUAUGCAUGAACGAGUGAACAGAACAGAGAGGCAGUUUAAAUCUCUCCCAGCUAACCAACAGAGUCUUCUUCCUCAAUUUCUUCCUCACCUUGACAAGAUUCGGAAGUGCAUUGAUCAUAAUCAAGAGAUACUACAGACCAUUGUGAAUGACUGCGCUCAUAUGUUUGAAAAUAAAGAAUAUGGAGAAGACGGAAGAGGGAAGAUUACACCAGCUUCAACAUUUGACAUGGAUAAAUUAAAAUCCACUUUGAAGCAAUUUGUGAGAGACUGGAGCGAAGAGGGAAAGCCUGAGAGAGAUUCCUGCUACCAGCCAAUCAUUAAUGAAAUUGUAAAGAACUUUCCAAAAGAAAGAUGGGAUUUCUCCAAAGUUAAUAUCCUGGUACCUGGUGCUGGGCUAGGUAGAUUGGCGUGGGAAAUAGCUAUGCUCGGUUAUGCUUGCCAAGGAAAUGAAUGGAGCCUCUUUAUGCUCUUUUCUUCUAACUUUGUACUCAACAGAUGCUCUGAAAUUAACUCAUAUAAGCUUUACCCCUGGAUUCAUCAGUUUAGCAAUAACAGAAGAUCUGCUGAUCAGAUACGUCCAAUUUAUUUCCCUGAUGUUGAUCCUCACAGUCUUCCUUCUGGUUCAAACUUCUCUAUGACAGCAGGGGAUUUUCAAGAAAUUUAUUCCGAGUGCAAUACUUGGGACUGCAUAGCAACUUGCUUUUUCAUAGAUACAGCACAUAACGUUAUUGAUUACAUUGAUACUAUAUGGAAAAUACUAAAGCCUGGAGGAAUAUGGAUAAAUGUAGGUCCUCUCCUUUACCACUUUGAAAACUUGGGAAAUGAACUUUCUAUAGAAUUAAGCUACGAGGAUAUAAAAAAUGUUAUACUGCAAUAUGGAUUCCACAUAGAGGUGGAAAAAGAAUCUGUACUGUCGACUUACACUGUGAAUGAACUCUCCAUGAUGAAAUACUACUAUGAAUGCGUGUUGUUUGUGGUGAGAAAACCAGAAUAGAAGUGGUCUGAAUAGGUUAAUCAGAAAAAAAAACAUUGGCUUGAAAGCUAGCAAUGAGAAUAAAAUGGACUGGAUGAUGUCUGGACACAACCUCAAAUCAGUGGUGCCUUCUUAUUCCUAAUGGGUUUUAGAUAGUGUCUAUUUUCUUAAUAUCUCUGUUGCUAUCCAGACAUGUACUAUGCCAUGCAUAUUUGUAACAUACUUGUGCAAAUGGAGGAGGAAGUGUUCACAUACACAGUCUUUGUGCUUUGGAAUGCAUUAAAAAUAAAAGCAAAAACGUUUUCUUGAGAAUAAAAUUUAAUGUUUGCCAUAACCAGGCUAAUUCACUGCAUAUGCUGCCUCAUUUUUCAUAGAUGUAUAAUGAUUUUCUUUUUCCUGCUUUCUGAUGUUAGGAAUGCAUAGAUGUGCUUACUGUGCUAGCUGCGUCACAUUUAGAGAAGUGUUUCUAAACAUAAAUUAUGAAGUCUGAAAUGGUUGGAAAGUGAUAAAAUUAUUCUUGAUAGAUACAGUAACCAUCAGAACUGUUACAGCAUUUUCUGUGCAACUGAAACUAAGUAGACUGUAUUACAAAUUCUAAUCUUGCCUGGAUCACUGUUCAGAAUUUAAUCAAAACACAGAACCUAUAGGGAAUUUGAAAUACUAUGUGAAAGCAGAGUACUGAGUGAAGAAAAAGCAGCAUGUCACCAGAGAAGCAGUAUGUUAACAUCAGUUCCGGAGUAACACCUAUUUUGAUUAAGCUCUUAGUGUUGAAACUGAAAUAUGUUAAAUGCUUUGCCAUCUUAAAAUACAUUGAUUUUGAGUCACCUACUUCCUGCUUAAGCCAAAACAGUGAAGCAGUAUUUUUUUGUUAAACAUAAUUAACAAAAAGACAGGUCAUAACUUGAGCUCUUUUCUUUUUUUAAAUUUUAUAACAUGGCUGAGUUAUCCAUGCCAUGUGUAGGUAGUGCAACAGAAAAAUCCCUGUUUCUCAAAGGGGAGGGGAAAAAAGCUACAUGUGAAUAAUAUGUGCUGUAAUCUCAUCUCUCCCUGAGUCAGCAUAUGCAGGCCAAUUGGUAGACAAUUUCCUUGUAACUUCAGGCAGGCGCCUUACCCUUGUGACUUAGUGACUUCUUUGUUUUUUAUACUAAUGGUUUUUUUCUUGGCAGAUGUGGCUUAGGUGAAUAUUUAAUCUACAAAUCGUGAUACUAUACAAGAGACUGAAUCUUCUCUCACUUAGAAGUGACAGAAGAUGUGCAUGAGAAAAACAUUAAUUAGUAAUCACCGUGCUGAGAGGAGGUGUCAUGUUAGCCAUUUUGUUUUCUUAAUAUAUUGGUUAACUUAAGUACCAUUUUCAUGCAUUUUCAGAAAUGUCUUUAAAAUGUAAAAACAUUAUGAUAAGGAACCAAGGGGUUUUUCGUAUUUGGUCAUAAUGACACUGGACAAUAGCUUGUUUGUUUCCCAUUAUUUCUAGUCCCUUUUUUCAUGGUGAUGUCCUAAUCACAUCUCUUUUAUAGAUCUGUUACUGGCUUUUGGAUUUUUCCCAUUAAGGACAGAAAUUUGAGCCUUUGUUCCUAAAUUGAAAGUCUGCAAGGAGGGAAAACACAAACAUUUUUUUGUAUAGUUUCAACACCACAUAAGAGAGUGUGUGCCUGGGUAUGUGGAGUGCUGUGCCCCUUUCUGCUCAGAAUCCGUGUUGAGAAUAAAGGCUUCUAGUCUACAGAAGUUUUCAAUUAAAGCUUUGCUCUUAAACUAGUUUUACUUCAACUGUCUCUUCUUGCUCGAAGUGCACCACCAAGAUUUAGCUCCAUAAAUUAAAAGUCAAAGUUCUGCCCUGCUCCAAGAAAAAUGUGUUAAAAGCUGAAACACUGCUGUUGCAACAAGUAGGUUAAAAAUAAAAGCCCUUGCACACCUAAAAAUAAUAGUUUUUAAAAGCUGCUUUAAUUCCCUUAUUAUAUGAUUUAAUUUAUUCUUUGAGAGGCUUUGUGAUUCUUUGCUUUCGUUCUGAUUUUUUUUUCCAUAGGUAGAAUAUGAUUAAUAUUUCACUUGAUUUUCAGGCUCCUUGAAAUAAGGCAAGGUUAGGUGAAUGUCGAUUAUGUGCAUAUUAGUACAUAUAUCUGCAAUACUGCCCAAUUUCUGCCUCCUCCCCAGUCUGUAGUUACACUUGAAAUGUGGUGUUCUUGCUUUUCACAUGUAGGCAAUUGAACUUUUGAUUUCUGGUUGAAUGUCAGUAUCCUUUGUUCUGGUGGUUUUCUUCUUUGCCACCCCACAUUGUCACAAGUGCCAUUUUUUGUGUUGUUUUUGGAAAGGAUGUUUUUAUUUACUCAUAUCAGGUAUAUAGCGAUGUGCUUCUAUUUCUAACCUAGAAAAUGCCAGUUUUCCUCAAUGUUUUCCUUUUAAAUUGUAAUAGUUGCAUUGAGUUGGAAGCAGAAUAAUCUUGUGAAUAAGUUAUAUGAGUUAGUAGUGGUAUACCUGCAGUCCUGUUUGAGUUCUUAAAAGUCAUCACUUGUAUUUUUAUGCACAGGGAUAAUUGUGUAUUAUUGAAUGUGAGCACAUUCUUCUUUUCAGCUGUGUACACAGGGGGGAAAAUGCUUAAAGUGUUCACCAGCUGAAGCCAAGACCAUUUAAUCUAGGUCAGUAUUAAGCUGUACGCGGUAUCGGGUGUAAAAUAAAACGCUGCAUAACCUUCA